AACUGCCAUUUAAUGCACAAAGGAUUAUCUCGCUUUCCAGAAAUGACUUCCAGUCAUUUCUGAAAAUGCAUAAAUUAACUCCUGAACAAUUGGACUGUAUUCAUGACAUCCGAAGACGAAGUAAAAAUAGAAUUGCAGCACAGCGCUGUCGUAAGAGAAAACUUGACUGCAUACAAAACCUUGAAUCUGAAAUUGAAAAACUGCAAAAUGAGAAGGAGAACUUGCUGAAGGAGAGAAACCACAUUUUGUCAACUCUGGGUGAGACAAAGCAGAAUCUGACCGGACUUUGCCAGCAGGUGUGUAAGGAAGCAGCCUUGAGUCAUGAGCAAAUACAAAUACUGGCAAAAUACUCUUCCUCGGAUUGUCCGCUUUCAUUUUUAUUCCCGGAGAGAGAACGAAUGGCUCCAUCUGAUUGCGAGCUUGCAGUACCGGCGUGUAUAGAAUUAGCAGAUUGCCUUUCAGGUGUUACAGCUACGAACGAGCAGAGUUCUUGUUAUCAGUGUGUGAAAAGCGUGUGUGAUGCAACGUAUGAUCAAGUGCAGGAACUGCAUCCAGCUUCUGUAAGAACGUUGGAGAAAACCUCGCAUGUGGAGCAGUGUGGACAGAGUGGUGGUAUCACAGACUUCUGUCAGCAAAUGACUGACAAAUGCACUACAGAUGAGUGAACCUAUUCUCUUCUUGUUGCCAGCCUCUCAAUCUUGCAACUAAAAGUGAAAUUGAGCAUUA